AUGCAGUUGCAGUAAAUGUUCCUUCAUAUACUGACCCAGUUAUUAUCAAUGUUGGAGCUAGUAAUACAAUUUCAUCCCCUACAUCAUAAGCAGAUUGUAAUUUAGGAACUGGAAGUUGUAAAUAUUAUUCAGGAGCAUAUUAUGCUAGAGUUAUAUGUGAAAGUGAUACCAUUUCUUCUUUAUUAUUUGGAGAUGAUAAGUAAUACUUUUUUUAGAAUAUGUUUGUUAUUCAGAAUAUACUUAAGCUUUUAAAAUUUAGCAAGUUCUGGAGCAUGUGCUGCUGGUAAAAUUGCUUGCACUGAAUAUACUGGUUUCAGGUAAAGCAAUGAUGUUGCUAACUAACAAUUCUCACACACAAUUUUCAUUAAUAUUAAUAUUAUAAAUUUUAGAUCAUUUAGAAUGAAAAUGCAGAUAACUUACAAGAGUGUUUGA